AUUCCUGUCUAUAAUGUUAACGGUACACUUAACACUGGUGGCUAUAUUAUGCACAAAUAUUCUUUUGUUGUCGAGUACCAAGGACACAGAGAAGGAGUCACUGCCGAAGCUACCCAACUAGGGAAGAUUAAUUUAAUCUUAGGCUGGACCUCGCUAUUUAAACACAAU